AUGUACACAGGCGCAACAUGGCUGCCAGUCUUAUUAUUUAGCGCCUCUACGCUCGCCUUCCUGCGCAGGGAAGGCGCCGCAAGGGUCCCGGUCGCAGGCCCAUAUCGCAACACGGCAGCAAAUGCCAUACUCGACUGGCCAGCGCACGACAAACUCGCCCAGCGCGAAGAUGGAUACGAUCGCUCGGGAUCCUACGCGGUGGUACACAUUUCCGGCGUGCCCAGGUGGCUGGAACGAGGGAGAUUCUACGAUGUAAACCGAGUGCAGCAGCAAGUAGGCGCCAACGUGUACCUCCAUCGGGUCGCCUUCUUCCAAUCGGAGGAGGGCUGGUACGUGCACGGUGAACCGUAUCUGGAAAACGUGCGAGUGCUCUGCAAGGUGCUCAAGCACUUCAGGGGACCCAAAAUGCAUACGCUCAAGUUCAGGUCAAAGAAGCAUUACAAACGCAAAAUAGGGUUCAGACCCGAACUCACACGUCUGCAAGUGGAGGCAUUCGAGACAAUUCCUCACGGCGAGCGUUGGGUCGACGAGGACCCGAUUUACGUGCCAUUGACGAGGAUAGAGCAGCUGAGGAGGCCGAGCCUGGAGCUAGCCAAACUCAAAAGGAACACAAUAUACAGACUCACGGAGACCGAAAAGCGCAUGUUGGAGGGCGAUCCUCUGGCGCAUUUCGAUCCCGUGUAUAACCAGACGUUUCUCGCAAACCGGACAAUGCAGUUGUAA